UCUCUCUCUCUCUCUCGCAACGGCCCGCGGAGGGUAGUGUUGGUAUUAGUCGACACUCUUUUCGCCUCCUCGAGUUGAGAACCUGUUUUAUAAGAGACGGGCAUCUGUCAAAGCUUCGACAACCUUGUUACCGCCAGUACUUUUGCACAUCGAGUCUCGCUUGAAAAGGACUGAGAGGUUUUUGAAGGCUAGGACUGAAGAUUGUGUACGGAGAAAAGAGGAUCAGAGUACCGUGUACAAGACUGAAAUCCGAGGCAAAGACAAGUCAACGGAAGCAGGAGGGAGAAACGUGGCCAGCAGGGUUGCAAAACUGCAAGGCGAAAGUCAAACCAGAAAGAGGGAAGAAGAAGAUCUGAAGAUUGAGGGGGGAUUACCCAAAAGAAACAGGCCAGCACGAGACAUAAUACAGAGCCUCGCUCUCUUAUUCUCGCUCUCUCUCCUCUUCUGUCCUUACUUCAUCCAGCCGUCCAUCCAUCCCACAUGGACCCAGAAAAGGCUUCCACAGCCCGCCAAGGCGAGCACAUCGCUCCCGAACCGGACUACAGCAACUAUGACUACCCGCUCCCCAGCAAGACAGAGAGCGCAGCCCACGACGGCGCCGCGGCAGUCAUAGGCAACGACCUGAUUCCCUCCGUCUCCAACGCCGUCGCCGGCGCAGGCGGCGCCAACUACCACCACCACCAACGCAACAACGACUUCAUCAACAACAAGAACAAUAAUGCCGCCUACAGCAAGGAAAUCGGAGGAGAAGGAGAAGGGGGUGCCGGUGACACAACCGACGAUGACGGCAACUACAUCCACCGCACCGACACCGCGGGCGGUGCCUCGACGAUAGCAGAGGAAGAGGCCUAUCCCGAGGGCGGGCUCCGGGCGUGGUCCGUCGUGCUGGGGUCCUGGCUGGCGCUGUUCUCGGCCCUGGGCAUCAUGAACAGCAUUGCCAUCUUCCAGACGUACAUUGCGACGCACCAGCUCAAGGGGUACAGCGAGGGAACGAUUGGGUGGGUCUUUUCCGUGUACACGUUCCUCUGCUUCUUUGGGGGUAUUUAUAUCGGGCCCGUGUUUGAUCAGUAUGGGCCGCGGUGGCUUGUUCUCGCUGGGACGGUGUGUCUCGUUAUCGGCGUUAUGUUGCUGAGCAUCUGUACUGUAUACUGGCACUUUAUGCUCGCCUUCGGCAUCCUCUGCGGCCUCGGCAGCUCCCUCGUCUUCACCCCCUCCAUCGCAGCCGUAGGCCACUGGUUCAAGCGCCGCCGCGGCUUCGCCACAGGCAUGGCCUCCACCGGCGGCUCCAUCGGCGGCAUCGUCUUCCCCCUCAUGAUGAAGUCCCUCUUCCCCGUCAUCGGCUGGGGCUGGACCAUCCGCGCCGUCGGCUUCAUCUGCCUCGCCCUCUGCGGCGCCUCCAAUUUCCUAAUUCGCUCGCGCCUCCCGCCGGCGCGCAACGCGAGCCCGCACCCGGACCCGCGCAUCUUCCGCAGCGCGGCGUUUAGUCUCACGACGGCGGGCAUCUUCCUCAUGGAGUUUGCGCUGUUUAUCCCGCUGACGUAUAUCUCGAGUUACACGCUCAGCGAAGGGUUCAGCGAGUCCUUUGCGUUUUCCAUCUUGCCUAUUCUUAAUGCUGGCAGCGUCCUCGGUAGGGCGCUGCCCGGGUGGUGGGCUGAUAAGGCUGGGCCGUUUAACAGCAAUAUGGCCGCUAUCGUGUUGUCCAUUAUUGCGUGUCUGGCGGUCUGGUUGCCCGCGGGUUCGACGGCGGCGGGCGUGGUGGUUUUCGCCGUGCUGUUUGGGUUCGCGAGCGGGAACAAUAUCAGUAUUAGCCCCGUGUGCGUCGGGCGGCUGUGCAAGACGCAGCAUUAUGGGCGGUACUAUUCCACAACGUAUACUGCCGUCUCGGUCGCGUGUCUGAUUGGCAUUCCCAUCGGUGGUGAGAUCGUCACGGCGACGGGGGGCAAGUAUUGGGGUCUCAUCAUCUUCACCGGGCUGAUUUAUGUUUUGGCCUUGGUGGCGCUCAUGGCUGCCAAGUUUGUAUGCGUUGGGAAGAAUAUUUGGGCCAAUUUUUAGACGAAGGAAAGAAAGAGAAGGAGAGUCGGGUUGGCGUACUUCGGAGUAACGGUAAUUUCGAGGUCUUGGCACAUAAAGAGGGAUGGCAUAUCAAAAAGGCAAUUAUGAUGCGAAUUGUACAUAUACCUAAUGAAGCUAGACACGGAGUACAUUGUAAUGAUGUAAGCUUACCUCACGUUUACCUGUUUUGUUUUUUCAUUCCAAACGGGAAGCUCUGAUCAUCGGCUAUCGGUGCCGAAUGAACAUCGAAUGAUAGCGGUU